GUUAAUCUAUGUUUUUAUUCAAAGUUAAAAUUGCAUUACUAAGACAGGAAUGCAUUGCUCUAUUUCGAGUUUCUGAGCAUGGAACUUAGUAGUUUGGUUCGUAAUUUCAAAUUUCGAUAUUUCAUAUCAAAUAUGUUAACAGUUCACAAUAGAUCAGUACUCACUACUCAGUAGUCACAAACUGAUAAAAUUUUUGCUGGUGUAAAUGUGGACAUGGUUAACUCGUUCGUAUUUCAGUUAAAAUUCAGUUUAAUUUUUCAAGUGCAUGACGUUAUUAACAAUCAACAUUUUCAUUGUUUGACAUUUGAGUUAUAUGAAACCAUUUGAAUUUUUUAAAUCAUAAUCCAGUUACAUUUUAAUCUGCAGUCUUAUAAUAUAAAAACCAUGGACUGUGUCAUUAAAUUCGUCAAUGGCAAGGGCCAAUAUAGAUCUUAGUCCAUAGUCAAUGGUAAAAUCGAGCGACGUAUUUAUUAUGAAAACUAAAAAGUACAAGCUAAACGCAGUUUGAAAGAUCGCAACCAACAUCCAUUUUGUCACGUAUAAUAAUUUAAACAUAACGAAUUACGACACUUUUAAGUUGUACGUUACAAUAUACCCACAUAGUAUAGUACAAUAGUACAUCAUAAUACACAAAGUGCAUUAGGUGUCUAAAGCAUGGAACUUUUUGCAUCAUAUGAUACUAUUUAUCCAGCAGAUACUGUAGAAUGGUGUCCGAUACCAGAACACAGCAAUGUAUUUGUGUGUGGAACUUAUAAGCUUGACGAGGCAUCCAAAACAAAAACUGGCACUAUCAAUUUAUUUUCUUUAAACAAUCAAAACCAAAUCAAAUUGGUCCAGAGUGUUCCCGAAGAUGCUGUGUUGGAUUUAAAAUGGAAUUCUUUUAUUGUUUCUGGACAAAUAUUACUAGCGGCUGCAUUGUCUGGCAAGCAUGUUAGUGUAUAUCGCUUGGAUGAAAAUGGAUCUGACUUGUCUUUAAGUUUGUUCACUAGUUUUGACCUUCCAAAAACUGAUGGUGCAUCUAAUAUGAGUUUAUCAAUAGCUUGGUCAUGCCCUUAUGAAAAUGGAUCACAAAGUAUUGCAUUUAGCGACUCAUGUGGUUACAUUACUUUAGUAAAUUUAAAUGAUCAACUCAUACGCAGUUUCAAAGCUCAUGAUUUUGAAUCAUGGAUAGUAACUUAUAAUUAUUGGGAACCAAACAUUUUAUACACUGGUGGAGACGAUUGUAAAUUUAAGUGUUAUGACCAGCGUUUACAAUUUGAAAAACCUGUGUUUGAAAAUAAAGAGCACGAACAAGGAGUAACAACUUGCUCAUCCAAUAAAAUUAGAGAAAAUAUAAUUGCCACAGGAAGUUAUGAUGAAAAUAUAAGGCUGUGGGAUUUACGUAACACCAAGCAUAGUUAUAAUAGCGCAAAAGUUGAUGGUGGAGUUUGGAGAUUAAAAUGGGAACCUAAUAAAGAAGAAUAUCUUUUAAGUGCUUCAAUGUUUAAUGCUGCACAUAUAAUAGACACAUCAUUAAAUGCAGCUAAUAUUUUUCAAUCAUUUGGUGAAAAAAACAAUAGGCUUUACUAUGGAGCAGAUUGGUGUUACCAUAAUGAUACCCAAUUUGAACAAGCUACUAAAUCAAAAAACAAAAAAAUAAUUGCUACAUGUUCAUUUUAUGACCAUAGGUUAGAUUUAUUCUUUGUCAAUAUGAAAUUAUAAAAAUAUAUAUUAUUCUAAAUAAAGUGAUUGAUAAACAA